AUGAGGCAAAAGUUAAUGAGAAACGCGCCUGCCAAGGAGGAGACGAGGUCAUUCCUAAACUUUUCGCGGGAGAACUUGAGCAUCUCACUCUCCGACCUCGAACAAGGGUUCAACCGGUCGCGGCUCAUAAGACCGAGCAAAAACACGAUCCUGAGCGUGACCGCACUUAUAGCUGCUGUUCUCUGUCUCGGCCUUCAGAGUUGGAAAAUGUUGUCAAACACACGCGAAAUUGAGCAGCUGAGAAGAGACGUGAAUAUCUUGAAGCAUCGGUUUCUGGAGCAGGAUCUUAUGGACGAGCUAAAGGCCUUCGAGGAACAGGUAGGUCCUUACAGUAAGUAA